GUGGGGCCAGACGGAAAAUACCCGCCAAGGACCCAAAAAGGGCCGGCAACCCGUGGACGCGGCGCGCGCGCGGGCACAGCGGCGCGGGGACAGCGAGCUCCAGCCAGACAAAAAGUAACCUUUUUGAAGAGGACAUGUGAUUGGACGCUGUCUAAUUGUUGAAGUGUUGGGAGCAACAUUUCUAAAGUUUUAGAACAACCACCAACGACUUAUACUCCCUCCUUCAAGAUGGCCGAGUCUCCCUGUGUCUCAUCUUCUCGUCUUCCCUCUCUGAGUGUCCUUAUAUGAAGAAGGAGUUUGGAUGCAGACGCUCAGGUCAUACAGCUGAUUAGUGUCAGCGUCCAGGUGAACCACUGAGUUCUUCAUUAUGUCUGAUGGCGACUACGAUUACCUCAUCAAGUUUUUGGCUUUGGGAGACUCUGGAGUAGGGAAGACCAGUGUACUUUACCAGUACACAGAUGGUAAAUUUAACUCCAAAUUUAUCACGACAGUGGGCAUUGAUUUCAGGGAAAAGAGAGUGGUGUAUAGAGCCAAUGGACCUGAUGGAGCCAUUGGCAGAGGCCAGAGAAUCCAUCUGCAAUUAUGGGACACAGCAGGGCAGGAGAGGUUUCGUAGCUUGACAACAGCCUUCUUCAGAGAUGCUAUGGGGUUUCUUCUGCUUUUUGAUCUGACGAAUGAGCAGAGUUUCCUCAAUGUCAGAAACUGGAUAAGCCAGCUACAAAUGCAUGCAUAUUGUGAAAACCCAGAUAUAGUGUUAUGUGGAAAUAAGAGUGAUCUUGAAGACCAGAGAGUAGUAAAAGAGGAGGAAGCAAGAGGACUUGCAGAGAAAUAUGGAAUUCCCUACUUUGAAACUAGUGCUGCCAACGGGACAAACGUAAGCGAAGCAAUCGAGAUGCUUCUGGACCUGAUAAUGAAGCGAAUGGAACGGUGUGUAGACAAAUCCUGGAUUCCUGAAGGAGUGGUCCGGUCCAAUGGCCACACCUCUAGAGAUCACUUGAAUGAAGAAAAAGAGAAGGGGAUCUGUGGUUGUUGAAGAGUCCAGUGAGCUACAGAGUCAUUCAAGUGGCCCGUGUCUGUGGUCUUUUCUAUGGGCGAUACAUGGCACAGAGAGAGAUGAACAGGCAUUGCGUACAAACUGCUUCUACCAUUUCACUUAGACUUCUCUGGUUUUAAAAUUUAUUUGCUGCAGCUCUGUAAAUACUUAACAUUCAGCUCCAGAGAAAUAUUAUUAUGAGAAAUAUUUCGCAGAGCCACAAGUGCCUUAUAAAACCUUAGUGCAUGGCAGUAGAUGAUUCAGAAUUGAGGAAUUCAUAGCCACAGCAGAGUGCAUUUAUUAUGUAGAAAGACUAAAGAUACCAUCAUCUGCCUUAACAUACAUCAGUCCAGAGUCUAACACUCAAAGUCUUAGAUACAAUGAUAAAACUACCAAUCUUUAAUCCAAAUUAAAAUACCCUACUACUCGUACUGUGGGUGAACUUAUAAAAUGCCAUGUAAACCACUUGAUUGUUAAAUAAGAAUAUACACAAACAUCAGUUAAUCCAAAUUAAAAUACCCUACUACUCAUACUGUGGGUGACCUUAUAAAAUGCCAUGUAAACCACUUGAUUGUUAAAUAAGAAUAUACACAAACAUCAGUUCAAUGUCCUUGAGUAUUAAUUUAUAUGAACAGUGUCUUUAAAAUGAAUAUAGCAUAGAUGAUGCUUAUAUCUAUAGACUGGAUAAAGUGGAUCGACCAAUUGCAUUUUCACUAUGACUCUUGUUGGUAGAAAGGGGGUUGGGGGUGAGGUUAGGGGUACAUUAAUAUAGUAUGAGCAACAGAAGUGGGGCUUCUAGCUUCCUGCUAUAUUCCCACUGCUCUGAAGGGUUGAUUGAAGGAUCAGGGAAUUAAAUUUUUGUGGCUUUAUUUCACUGUGAUCUGUGUGUUUAUACUUGGCCUACACACUGACCACAUUUGAACAUAGCUGGUGCUUAUGCCAAAGUUAUUUGUGAUAAGUAAGCAUUUAGCUUCUUUUUCUUCAUAUUUAUAAUGUUGGUCUGGCAUCCUCAGACUGCAGUUUUAAUUAACUUGUAAACUUCUAAUUUUUUGUCUUCGCCGUCAUGCUUUGUAUUAUUGAUAUUUGCAAUUUGUUUUAUUUUUACAUUGGUGGAGUUGAAGGAAUUAGAUUUUAAUUACAUAAAAUGUUUGCUGUUUGGUAGAAGAAGGAUGUUUGUAUUUAAGCCGUUACAUUUAUACUAUAGCUCAAUAUAAGAAAAAUGAAGCCUUAACUAGCUUAUAUUUUUUAUUGAGAUCACAGGCAUUUAUUGCACUUGCUGGGUCUUGCCAAGAUCAUGAAUUCCUCUGCAUUGCCUAAGUGUCUUUGUAUCAGAUUAAAGUUAGUUUUAAAAUAUGCUUCGUGGCAGGUGUUUAUAAAGGUCAUAGGGGAAAUUCUUAUUUAUUAAAGUGGUUUAAGAAAAUUAGAUUAAAAUUUCCAAAUAGCUUAAUGGCUAUUUAGAAAGAAUUACCAUUCAUUAUAAUUUAAACAAAGAAUAAUAAUAAAUGCAUCUUGUGGUGGCAAAUGAUUGGAAGAACUGUAGUUAGGAGCAUACAGCUAUGAUGGAAGUAAUUACUUUUACAUGGUUAUUUUCAAAUAGCUUUCUAUUGAGUAUCUAUCCUAUUUCUUUGCCACUUCCUUCCUACUACUCCCUUAAAAAAAUUAGCUGUGAUCACUGAGAUCUUGUAUGUUUCUAUCCUUGAAGUGAAGACUUCUUUUAAAUACUAAGGAAGUCAUUGAGUCCUAUGCAUUUGGAUUGUAUACUCCAGUAAGGAAAAGAUCCAGACAUUACAAGGUAGUGCCCUAAUCACAGCAGUACCUUCUGAAGUUGCUGUAGACUUCAGUGGAGCAAAUCCUAAUUUUACAGCUAUGUAUCAGGUGUCAUUUUAUAUGAUCUGUUAUGUAGUUCAAAAGAAGACAUAUUUGUAUGUUUCACUUUUUUCAAGAACCAAACAGCAAUUAGCUAAUUCUCCAUUGGCUUUAAGCAUAAUACACAAUUAAACAUAUGCAUGAUAUAGUAUACAUGCAAGAACUAUCUUUAAUUAUUGAAAUAAAUAACCUGUAUUCUAUUUGGAAAUCCUUUGUUUGAAUUUGGUGUUAAAGUAUCAUUUUUGGGCAUCAGUGCAUUUUUCUAUUUAUAAGACUGUGUAAAAGUGAAGUGUAUUCUAAGCAAACUUUGUGCCAAUUAAGCUUUUAAUUAAAAAGUGGUCUAGGCUGCCAA